AGGGAUGCGCCAUGGCCACGCUGGCCUGCCGCGUGCAGUUCCUGGACGACACGGACCCCUUCAGCAGCACCAGCUUCCCCGAGCCCAGCCGGCCGCCGCUCUUCGCCUUCCGCGAGGACCUGGCGCUCGGCACGCAGCUGGCCGGGGUGCACCGGCUGCUGCGGGCGCCCCACAAGCUGGACGACUGCACACUGCAGCUCUCCCACAAUGGCACCUACCUGGACUUGGAAGCCACCCUUGCAGAGCAGCGGGACGAAUUCGAAGGCUUCCAGGAUGAUGCAGGGCGGGGCAAGAAGCACAGCAUUAUCCUGAGGACACAGCUGUCUGUGAGGGUCCACGCCUGCAUUGAAAAACUGUACAACGCCAGUGGACGAGACUUAAGAAGGGCCCUUUUCUCACUGAAGCAGAUAUUUCAGGAUGACAAGGAUCUGGUGCAUGAAUUUGUUGUGGCUGAAGGUCUGACAUGUUUGAUCAAGGUGGGAGCAGAGGCAGAUCAGAACUACCAGAACUACAUUCUGAGAGCUUUAGGUCAGAUCAUGUUGUACGUGGAUGGGAUGAAUGGAGUAAUAAACCAUAAUGAAACCAUUCAAUGGCUAUACACGCUCAUUGGAUCCAAGUUCCGGCUGGUGGUGAAGACGGCCCUGAAGCUGCUGCUUGUCUUUGUGGAGUAUUCAGAAGCCAAUGCCCCAUUGUUGAUUCAGGCCGUGUCUGCUGUCGACACAAAAAGAGGAGCUAAACCCUGGUCAAAUAUCAUGGAAAUCCUGGAGGAAAAAGAUGGGGUCGACACUGAGCUGCUGGUUUAUGCAAUGACUUUAGUGAACAAGACAUUGUCAGGAUUGCCAGACCAAGAUUCCUUCUACGAUGUGGUGGACUGCUUGGAGGAGCUAGGCAUCGCAGCUGUGUCCCAGAGGCACUUGAAUAAGAAAGGAACUGACCUGGACUUGGUGGAGCAGUUGAAUAUUUAUGAGGUGGCGCUGAGGCUGGAGGAUGGUGAUGAUACAGCGGAGCCACCCCCAAAUGGGCGCCGGGACAGGCGGAGGGCGAGCGUGUGUUCUGGGGGCAUGGGUGAGCACCGGGGCCUGGACCGCAGGCGCAGUCGUCGGCACUCGGUGCAGAGUAGCAAGACUACCUUGUCGGCGCCCACCAGUCCCUGUGCCCUGUCUGCUCCUGCCUUCAAGACCAGCCAAGUGCCAGACCUCUGUGAAAAGGAGGAGGAGGAGGAAGAAGAAGAGGAAGAAGAGCAGCCAGUCACGGAGCCCAAUUCAGAUGAAGAGAGAGAGGAAGAUUCCUUUUGUCAGGGCAAAGACAGCAGCCAGGACAGCCCUACCUCAGAACAGAACCCCACAGAAAAGGAUGCUGCUUCCCGAAGUCCAGUCCUUUCUACGGCCUCCAGCACCAUCUCUCAGGAGAAGCAACUUUCAAUCAGCUCAGCAGCAGGGAGCUCUUUGUGCUGUGGGACCUCUGGGUCUGCUCUACUGUCACCCCCCACACCUGCACCAGCUGCUCGGCCCUCCUCGCCCACACCUGGGCCCCCAAAGGCUUCACCCCCCAUAGAAAAGCUGCCUUACGUGCCCCAUAGUCCCUUUCACCUUUUCUCCUAUGACUUUGAGGAUUCACCUAUCACCAAGGAGAAGGAUGCUGAGGUGCAGAAGGAAAGCAGCACUUACUCUUCUUCUGAGCCCUACAACUUCCAGUCUUUCUCUUCUAAUAGAUACAGCAACUUCGGCAACAACUCAUACUCUUCCUCAAGGUCCUCAUCCAGAUCUGCUCUGCCUACCACCCCAACAUCGUCACUUUCACCUCCAGGUGAAGCAAGGCUAGACAGGUCAUCACCAAGUGGUCUUCUCACAUCAUCCUUUAGGCAGCACCAAGAGUCCUUGGCAGCCGAGAGAGAGCGACGGCGGCAGGAGAGAGAAGAAAGGCUACAGAGAAUAGAACGGGAAGAAAGAAACAAAUUCAAAUACAAGUACUUGGAGCAGUUGGCAGCUGGGUCCCACGAGAAGGAACUGAGAAGCCAGAGUGCGAGCCGGGGAAGAACUGACCUUUCCUUGGACCUGACCUCUGCUGCAGAUACUGCUGCUUCCAUCCCUCAGAACCAAAACCCUUUAUCUCCCGACUCCCAGGAGACUCCUGGGGUCUCCUCCUCCGCAUCCCCAGAAGCAUCGCAGCAUCCCCCAGCCAAUACCAGGGAUCCUGAGACUGAACCAGAAGGAGAAGAAGAAGAAGAAGAAGAAGAACAGAUUGCCAAUGAGGUCAACCUGGAAAUAGCCCCUGCUCACUUUGGAACAGAGAGUGAAGUGGAGAGAGCACUUGAACAAGAACCUGAAGAGAGAGCUUCUCUCAGUGAGAAAGAGAAGCAGAAUGAGGAAGUUAAUGAGAGAGACAACUGCUCUGCCUCCAGCAUCUCAUCUUCCAGCAGCACAUUAGAGAGGGAGGACAAGGAAGACAAACCAUCCAGGGACAGAGGAACUGGCUUGUUGUCGGCCACCAUUCAGGAUGCCGGCAUAAAUGAACAGUGUGGUGACAUCCUCACCAACAAACGGUUCAUGCUGGACAUGCUGUAUGCCCAUACCAGAAAGCCUGUGGAUGAGGAUGAGAAGGAGCAGGGUGAGGCCAGCAGGACCGAGCAGGGGGCAGAGGCCAUGGCCAGCUUGGCCAGCAGGAUAUCCACACUGCAGGCCAACUCCUUGGCACAGGAUGAGAGUGUGCGGAAGGUAGAUGUUGGCUGCCUGGACAACCGGGGCAGUGUGAAGGCCUUUGCAGAGAAAUUCAACAGUGGGGAUCUGAACAGAACGACCCUUACCCCUGAGGCCGAGUCUGAUGACAUGGUCCCCGAAAAAGCCAUGACCCAACAAAAGACUGAAUCGGACUACAUCUGGGACCAGCUCAUGGCCAACCCAAGGGAGCUCAGGAUCCAAGACAUGGACUUUACUGACCUGGGCGAAGAAGAUGACAUUGACGUGCUGGAUGUAGACCUGGGUCCUAGAGAAGCUUCGGGGCCACCACCACCGCCUCCACCCAUCUUUCUGGGCCUGCCGCCCCCUCCCCCCCCACCCCUGUUGGACAACGUGCCUCCCCCUCCAGCCCCGGCUAAUUUAUUGGCUCCGCCUCCAGUGUUCAGUGCUCCUCAGAGCUCAGGGUGGCCACAGAUCCCCAGGGGUCAGCCGGCAUUCACCAAGAAAAAGAAGACCAUCCGUCUGUUCUGGAAUGAAGUGCGGCCUUUCGAGUGGCCGUGCAAGAACAACCGUCGCUGCCGGGAAUUCCUGUGGUCGAAACUGGAACCCAUUAAGGUGGACACAUCCAGGCUGGAGCACCUGUUUGAAUCUAAAUCUAAGGAACUAUCCGUCUCCAAGAAAACUGCUGCAGAUGGAAAAAGGCAAGAGAUCAUCGUCCUGGAUUCCAAGAGAAGCAAUGCUAUUAAUAUUGGUCUGACGGUCCUGCCCCCUCCGAGGACCAUCAAGAUCGCCAUCUUGAAUUUUGAUGAAUAUGCCUUAAACAAAGAAGGAAUUGAGAAAAUUCUAACCAUGAUUCCCACUGAAGAAGAGAAGCAGAAAAUCCAGGAAGCUCAGCUGGCCAAUCCUGAAGUGCCACUGGGGAGUGCAGAACAAUUCCUCCUAACACUCUCCUCUAUCAAUGAACUCUCUGCUCGGCUCCACCUCUGGGCAUUCAAGAUGGACUAUGAAACCACAGAAAAGGAAGUGGCAGAACCUCUUCUGGACCUGAAGGAAGGAAUAGAUCAAUUGGAGAAUAAUAAAACCUUGGGCUUUGUCCUGUCUACUCUCUUGGCCAUUGGGAACUUUCUAAAUGGAACUAAUGCCAAAGCAUUUGAACUAAGCUACCUCGAGAAGGUUCCAGAAGUCAAAGAUACUGUGCAUAAGCAGUCGCUUCUCCAUCAUGUGUGCACCAUGGUGGUGGAAAACUUUCCAGACAGCUCUGAUUUGUACUCAGAGAUCGGGGCCAUCACCAGGUCAGCCAAGGUCGACUUUGAUCAACUUCAGGAUAAUUUAUGUCAGAUGGAGAGAAGAUGCAAAGCUUCAUGGGAUCACCUCAAGGCAAUUGCAAAACAUGAAAUGAAACCAGUUUUAAAACAACGAAUGUCAGAGUUUCUAAAAGACUGUGCAGAGCGAAUUAUAAUCUUAAAAAUUGUCCACAGGAGGAUAAUUAACAGGUUCCAUUCCUUUUUGCUCUUUAUGGGCCAUCCGCCUUAUGCAAUACGGGAAGUGAAUAUAAACAAGUUCUGCAGGAUCAUCAGUGAAUUUGCACUGGAAUAUCGGACAACCAGGGAAAGGGUUUUGCAGCAGAAACAGAAAAGGGCCAACCACAGAGAAAGAAAUAAGACCAGAGGGAAGAUGAUCACUGAUUCAGGCAAGUUCUCCAGCAGUUCGCCAGCGCCCCCGAGCCAACCCCAGGGUCUGAGCUACGCCGAGGACGCUGCUGAGCACGAGAACAUGAAGGCGGUGCUGAAGACCUCGUCCCCGGCCUUGGAGGAUGCGACGCCUGUCGGAGUGCGCCUGCGUAGCCGGGCCAGUAGAGGAUCCACUAGUUCAUGGAACAUGGGGACUGAUGAUUCACCCAAUGUCACAGAUGAUGCGGCCGAUGAGAUUAUGGACCGCAUUGUCAAGUCAGCCACCCAAGUGCCCAGCCAGCGAGUGGUGCCUCGUGAGAGGAAACGGUCCCGUGCUAAUCGGAAAUCAUUACGAAGAACCCUGAAGAGUGGCCUGACCCCCGAAGAAGCCAGAGCCCUAGGCCUGGUGGGCACCUCUGAGCUGCAGCUGUGACCUGCAGGGGCCCCUGAGAUGCAUGUGUGAGCAGAAACUGAGCUCUAGUGAGGGAUGGGGGUGGGGGACAAGGGAAACUCUAUGUGAACAUGGAAAGUUCUGAAAGGGGGUGUCCUCUCAUGGCCUCCUGCAUCCGCUUCCUCCUCAUGCCAGCUGUGCUGCCUGGUUCCUGGUACCUGGCUGUGCCGCCUCACGUGUGCCACCUUUCCCGAGUGAAGGCGGCUCUUUGCAACCUGGUCUCUUCCGUGGUUGCUUUGAUCAUGAGGAUGUCUGACUGGCUCCACUGGCUAGGUCUGUCCGCCACACCAGACCAAAUGGGGAAAGCGCCAAAGUGUUAAGCGGGAGGUGGCGCAGGUUGUGGGCCGGUUAGGUUGUGGAUUUUAAAUGUACUAAGUGUUUAUACUAAUUCAUACAUGUAUACCAUAGUUCAAGUACUAAAUAAAUGGAGUCUCAUGCCACCACAGGCCCUGGUGUCCUGGGCUGCACUGGCACCUUUGCCUGAACCAGCAGCUCUGACAUGAAAAGGGCUGUGACUCCCAGUGACCUUCAGGCCCUUGGGUUUCUUGUUAAGAGUGUGAGUAGCACUGCCACUGUGCUCCCAGAAACUUCUGCUUUUUAGUCUUCAGUCCUUGCUGAGGCACCUAUUGGCUGUUAUUUCCUGUCACUUUGCCCAGAGGCUUGAUCUGUCUCUGUGUUGACACUGAAGGGAAAAAUUAGAGCCGUGUAUGAAAAAUCUAAACUCUUCUGCUGUUCACUUUCUGGUCUCAUGUACAAAUUCAUUUUCUUAAAAACUUGACCUAGUCACUACAUGAAAACGUAAAAGUGUUGUCUCCAGGAAUCUUCAGAGAUAGUUCAAGUCCAGGCCAUCUGGAGCUAAGAAACAAGAUGAGAAGGCACCAGCCCCUCAGUCCCGGCUCUCAUGGAUACUGAAGAAUUGCUGGCUCUAAGGAUGAUGACCACGCAGCAGUAGUUGGGAGCCACGACUUUCACCUUUGCCUCACAAGAAGUCUGCAUUCCGGGAUCUAGGUGUACAUGACUUAAAGACAACAUGAGGCUGUGUUGUUCACAGAACCAAAGACAGUAUGCCACUCCAUUGGCCUCUGUGAGAGUGUCCCCUCUUCUACACCCCCACUCACAGAGACAGUGAGAAUCUUUCAAGCAGGCCCUUGUUAAAUAGCACACGAUCCAUGUGAGUAGCCCAGGAAACUGUAAGUGCUAGGUCUGUAUAUUAAGUGGAAUGUAUUGAAUCACUUUUGUGAAAAGGAGACCCAGAGUAUUCAUGUCCAUUUUCUUAUGGUUCUAAAUAGCUUGUAACACGGUUGGUUCUGAAAAUGGUCUAGUGGCUUGUAAAAGUGUUUGCCUGUUGCAUUGGCAUUGAAAACAGAAAUGGAAUAGCUGUGUCACUGACAUUGUGUAAACAAAAGAAAAUGUGUUUUUGCUGCAGUUAAUUCAGCCAAAUACUUUGAUGUCCUACCAGAGCCAUUGGUGUUUGUUUUUGCUGACAGUUUUGCUUUAAAUAAAAGAUCACAUUUGGAUGGA